AUGGCGGCCGCAGCGCGGGGCAACAAGGACGAGCCGCGGCUGCUGGGCCUGCUGUUCGCUAGCAGCGGCGAGGCGGACAUGACUUUGGGCACGGAGGUCCAGGUCAGCGGCUCCGGGGACACCCCCACGGCGGAGACGCCCCCGGGGUCUAUCGCCGGCCACGGCGGGAUGCGGCAAUUCUCAGGACUGGCGGACGGGGGGGAUGACGAGGCGGGAGGUCGGCGGAGAUCGAGGGAGGAAGCCGUGAGGGAGGCGCUGGGGCGGGACGACGGGCUGCUGAUGCGCGCGCUGGCGCGCGACCGGGCCGGCGGGGCGGUGGGCAGGGAGGGCGCGGGGGCGGCGGAUCGCGGCGCGGGCGCCCGGGGGGAGGGGGGCAAGGAGGGGAUGACGCUGGGCUGCCUGGCGCUGCGGUUGCCCGGUGCGGAAGAUCCGGAACCCAAGGCAGGGGAACGGCGGCGGUCAGUGGAGGUGUGCUCGCCGCCGCCCCGCGCGCCCAGGGCGGGAGGCGGGCGCGGGAGGUUUCUGGAGGGGGAGUUGGGCGACCCGGAACCGGACGGGGAUUCAAAUUCGUCGGACGGGGAGUUUGAUCGGGCGCCGGACUCAGGCCUGGUGCUGUCCCGGCCCAACGCCAAGGCUGGGGGGGGUGGCGUCUGGGCCCUGUUUGGGGGGCCGGCCGGCCGGGAGGGCGCCGCGGGAGUCGGCAGAGAGGACGAGAAGGACGACGGCAAGAGCGCCAAGCUGUUCUACUCCCCCCCGGCCGGCCCCCGUGAGGCCAAGUCCAAGCCCGCCCAGCGGCGCAGGCGCGCCGCCAGGCCGGCGGCGCCCAAAGGCCCGAUCGCCAUCCCGGCGCCCGUGGCCAUCGCUGGGCCCAGGGAAGGCCUCUGUCCCCCCGGCGCCGAUGGCGGCGUUGCCGGCAGUGCCGAAGGCGGCGUUUAUGUCGUUGUUAACGGCCGGGGGGAAAGCGGCAUGGAUGGUGGCAUUGGUGAGGACGAGGAGGCUGCUGGAUCCGCGCCCUUGGGACCCGGUUCCCGAACCUGGGGCGCGGAAUUGGGGCGGGUGGCGGUCGGCACCGCAGCGGUGGCGUGGGAGGCGGCGCCUUCCAGCGGCGGCAAGGUCGACGGAGGCCUGCACGACGCCGAAUAUGAUCCGAUCAAGAAGACGUCCUCGAGGACGGGAUCGCCGUCCCAUCGGCCGGAGCCACCGCCGCUAUCCAACAACCCCUUCCGCCGCGCUGGCCUCAUCCCCCCGGACCCCGGGCCCCUACCACGUGCGGAUGCCCUGGACUCCCCGGACUGCCUGGACGACCCCGUGAUGCUGACGCCCAGGGACACCGUGCACCACGCGGCCAUCAUGAACCGCCUCAGCACGUCCACGCCCACGCCCAGCGUCGCGUCGUCGGCCGAGAACAAUCCGAUUGGCCGGGAGCCCGACCGCUACGCCAACCCGCUGGGCGCCUCGCCCCUGCGCAUCGCGGCGGGGCUGGAGGAAGACUGGACGCCGAUGUCCGAUCCCAUCAUGGCCGUGCGCGGGCGGGGCGACGCGGCGGUAGCGCCGAUCGCCUGGCCGCAGGCCGCCGGCGAUGCGAUCGAGGACCCCGGGACGGAUCCCAAUCGGAACAGCGCGGGGAUGAUCGACGAGGACGGCGGGAUCAAUCGGCGCCAUGCUCUGUCUACCUUUCGCGCGGACGUGGUGGUGCCCGAGACGCGCAGCUCGUGGGACUCGGGUGGCGCCUGGGACCCCCCGCGGGAUGCCGAAUCCGCAUCCGGAUCCAGGCAUGCCGUGUAUUCGUUCGCGUUCGUGGCCGCUCCCGGGGUCCCAACGCAGGAGGCUGCGCUCCGAGAUUCCUCCACGCCGAUCGGGGGCAGGGAUCGCGAGGCCGUGAUCGACGGCGGCGGCGAGGGGGAGGAUGCGGGCCCCGGUGGCGGGGAGGGGAGUCCGUCGCCGGAGGGGGGCGUGGCCUGGGGUCCGGCCGGGAGGCCGGCGGAGGAGGCGGCGGCGUCUGGCCCAGCCGAUACGCCCAACCUGUCGAUGUGCGAGAGGCGGCUGCUGGUGCCGGGGUCGCCGUCCUGGGAGUCUGACGACCGCCCUGAGUACCACCCUUCGGCUGCGCCGAUCGGCCUGUAUGGCGGCGCCAACCGCGGGCGCGCGUCGUUUGGCGUGCCUGGCGACCGACGGGAUAGCGUGAACCGUCGGGCGCGCCACAGGCGCACAAGCUGCGAGCUGGAGACCAACCCCAACCUCAAGAUGAAGGAGUGUGUUGGGCUGCUGGAGCAACGCAGGGCCAGCGGGGCGGUUUCCAGGGCAGUGGGCGGGGUGCGCCAGCGGAGCCUGCGCGCUCUGAGGCGGCUGUGCUGGCGGGCCUAA